ACUCAUGCUUUCUUUCUCCUUCAACUUUUCAAGUUCACCAAUUCGAUUUUGCUUUCCUCUCUGCUCAUUUUAACUUCAAUUUGCUUUCUUCCUUUCUCUUCAUCUGCUUCCUUUGCUUUGCUUGUAAUGGACUGUUGCGAGAAAUCUGUUUCUCCACUCAACUGCAUCAUCUUUGAUUUGGAUGACACAUUGUAUCCUUCCAAUACUGGAAUAGCUAAGGCUGUAAAGACAAACAUCGAAGAUUUUCUUAUAGAAAAAUUCGGAUUCUCUCCGAGCAAAGCUUCAAGUGUCAGAGUUGAGCUUUUCAAAACUUACGGCAGCACCCUUGCUGGCUUGCGAGCAUUAGGCUAUGAUAUUGAUGCCGAUGAUUAUCACGGUUCCGUGCACGGAAGAUUGCCGUACGAUCUAAUCAAACCAGACCCUCAACUGACUAACCUCUUGCAUCGUAUCACCCAGAGAAAAGUUAUUUUCACGAAUUCGGACAGGAAUCACGCGAUCGAGGUUCUAAAGAGGUUAGGAUUAGAAGACUGUUUCGACCAAAUCAUUUGUUUCGAAACCAUGAACCCAAACUUGUCGAAAUCCGCACGCACCGACGAAUUCCCUGUCGUUCUGAAGCCGGCGGUAGAAGCCAUGAAAAUCGCUCUCGACGUUGCAAACGUCGAUCCUCGGCGAACGCUGUUUUUGGAUGACAACGUUAGAAAUAUCGCCGCUGGCAAAUCCGUGGGGCUUCGUACUGUUCUGGUUGGAAAAUCAAUGAAGAGCAAAGAAGCAGAUUGCGCAGUGGAGGCAGUGAACAAUUUGGCACAGGUGAUGCCGGAAAUAUGGGUCGGCGAAAUGGACGGUGAUGAUCAAAGGAUUAACCGUACCAGCAGUGAAAUUGAGUGUAGUUUGGCAAUCACAACCGUUGGAGCUUAAUGGACAAAGACAAAAUCAAAUAAAGGCGUUAUAAUGGGGCCCUCCCUCAUCUUGUAAAUGUCAUGUUAAUUCUGUACAUAUUAAUGUACAUGAAGAUGUGCAAACUCUUUCCCAACGGAAAUAAAAAAAAAAUGUCAUUAUUGCCAAUAAAUAUGAACAUAAAGAAAUAAUUCUCCCAAAUUCUGUA